UAUCAAAUCCAACAAGAAAAAUAUCGAUCCCCUUAUGAAUCCAACGUCCGCGAGGAGUGCGAACCUUAUGGAAACAUAAGAUAUGGUUCAGAGCACAAUUACCCUGUGCCACAAAAUUACAUGGAUAACAUUGAUUACAAAGGACAACAAAUGACGGAUUACUAUUACGCCCCAAUUAUUCCGACCUUCCGGAAAUUCGCGCCAUCACAACAAAUCUCUCAAUCGCGCACACCCGCUACACUUUCUUCACGCGCACCUAACACGUCCCCAGGGUCUUCGGCCCCUACAACGCCGAUUCCUUCGCCCACUUACCUUUCAAACCUACCUUCACGACG